AUGGGUUUAGAAGCUACUAUGAUAGCCAUUGAUAACUCAGAAUAUAUGAGAAAUGGUGAUUAUUUGACUUCAAGAUAUGAUGCACAACUAACUGCUACAGAAUUUAUUUUUCAAAAUAAAAUUAAUUCAAAUCCUGAAAAUACAGUUGGUUUAUUAGCUUAUGGUGGUCAAGGUCCUCAAGUUUUAAGUACUUUAACUACAGAUUUUGGUAAAAUAUUAUCAGGUGUUCAUGAAACUAAAAUACAAGGAGAAAAUAAUUUUUCAUCAGGUAUUCAAGUUGCUGCAUUAGCUUUAAAACAUAGACAAAAUAAAAUUCAACAACAAAGAAUAAUUAUAUUUGUUGGAUCACCAAUUAAAGAACUGGAAAAAGAUUUAGAAAAAUUGGCUAAAAAAAUGAAGAAGAAUAAUAUUGCAAUUGAUAUAAUAAAUUUUGGUGAAGAAUCAAUAAAUACUUCAAAAUUGGAAAAGUUUAAUUCUAUUAUAAAUAAUCAUGAUAAUUCACAUUUAGUUACAAUUCCACCUGGUCCAAGAUUAUUAUAUGAAGUUAUUGCUUCAAGUCCAAUGUUGAUGGAAGACGGAAUGAGUGGAAUGGGAGGUUCAGGUGAUAUGGAUUUCUUUGGUGGCGGUUCUAAUGAUAUAAUUGAUCCAAAUAUGGAUCCAGAUUUAGCAUUAGCAUUAAGAUUAUCAUUAGAAGAAGAAAAAGCAAGACAAGAAAGAGAAGCUGCUGAAAGUGCAAAAAAUGAUGGUUCAAAUUUGGAAAAAAUAGAUGAAUCAAAAGAAAAUGAUAAUGAUAAAGACAAGGAUAAAGAUGAUAAAGGUGAUGUCAAAAUGGAGGAUGCUAAAUAA